AUGGCUGCUUUUGUAACUCAAAAAAUGCUCGAUACCGGUUUAUUCAAAGUUUAUUCAAGUAUGGCUUUCAACAACUUAGGUCGUUUGAAUCGUAUUAUUGAAUGUAAUGGCGAAGGCGAACAAGCAAAACGAAUUGAAAGCAUCAUUGAUAAUUUGGCACAUGUAUUUGUUAAACAUCAUAUGCAUGAUUUAUUGGGUGUUUGUCUGGUACACAAUCAUUUUCGAUUGAAUGACGGCGAAUAUGUUGAAAAAGCUAUCAAACCAAUCGAUGUCAAUGUUCAACAAUUGAUGGGUAAUUAUUUAACGGAUGGCCACUCAUUUGCCUUUCAUAUCAAGACUUCAACAUCAUCAUCGAUGGAAGCCACAGUAUCAUACAUGUGGGCAUAUGCUAAGAAUACAAAUGCUUAUUUUCUAAUUCAAUUCUUUGAUGCUAACAACAAGAAAAUUGUUCAACGUUUGGCAGAAUUGUGCGAACGAACAAAUUUGAUCGAAUUUCUCAAUGAAUACAAACUUGAAUUAAACAAAGACGGUUUGCAAAAUGAUCUUGCCGAGCACAACAAAUUGACAGAAGUUUUCUAUGAAGUGACAGAUGUCAAAAUUCGUGAACAAGUUUUGUUUGUCUCACCAAUGGGAAAUAUUAAAAAAACUUAUGAAACAAUAUGGUCAUAG